AUGUCCCGAACUGUAGCCUCCCCCAUUAAUAAGACCUUCGCCUUCCUGGCAAACCCUGCCCCCGUUGCGCCUGUUCAAGUAGUUCUCCCACUACCUGGCACCCAACCCACCACCCGCCGACGAUCCAACUCCGCCAUCAUUGCUUGGGCUGCUCUUGUUCAGCCAGGCUCACCUGCUCCACGUUCUCCUCAUCGUCGUGGUUCUAGCUGCUCUAGACGGCCAUCGAUUGUCUUUAGACGGCCUUCGAUUGGCAGCUCGUUUGUGAUUGUCAACCCUACUACACCAACAACUCCCUCAGUCAAGCAAGUUGACCUCACAAAACUUGGAUACUCGUCUGUUUUCAUCCACUGCCCCAUUACGCCUUCUACGCCAUCGCCUUUCCUCCAAAAAGCCGAUAAUUACGACCACAUUCCUGUUCCCCCAGUCCCAAUUUCCCCACCGCCACCAAAAGCCCGCAAGGGUCUCCGUCAUUUUCGGUCGCUGUCUGCGUUGACUCGUAGCCGCUCAAAAUCCGUCUCCUCUGACAUGCCAUCGACCCCCAAAUCCAGCACUCGGGCCCAAUUCUUCGCCGUCUCGAUUGCGAAACGCAAAAAGGCCCAGUACAAAUAUGUUCGACCUGCUCCCCUUGCAAACGAGCUUGCCAUGAUGCAAUUCACUGACGGCGGCAGUCUCGAGUCGCAUGCGAAGCGUGUCAUGGCCCACCAGGCCAAACUUACUGGUCCCAAUGCUGGGGUUGGCGAUGUUUUCCGUGAUGGAAACGGCGGGAUGUGGUGGGACGAAGAUGAAGAGUGGGAGUAUGCCCAUUUACUUGGAGGCGAAGAGCGGCUUGAAGGAAACGGUGAAUGGAUCCGGUUUGACGAGCAGGAGAAGGAAAACAAUGUUUCCUCGAUUGCUGGCGAGGAGCGUCGCGGGAGUGUUUCUACUCAAGACUCCGACCUUGAGCCACGCUACAUCGUCCAGCCUGAAGAGUUAGCUGACUACGUCCCGUUGACACUUCGCCGUCCGGGCAAGUCAGUUCUUGCUCUUCCUGCUCGUCGCACUGCUAAACAUUUAACCAAACCCGGUUAUAUCGUUGACGCGGCUUUCGGUGCGGUUACUUCCCCCGCCAACACCAAAACGAAAAAGGCCGGGCCUCGUCGCAGGCCUACUCCAUUGAAACUUGUUGGUCGUCCUUAUGCCCGAGCUCCGAAGACCGCCGAUGGCCGUGGCUCUUUUCUAGCCUCCUCAUUUACGCCUGCUCCGCUCCCCGCAUCUACACCGUUGCCAUUGUCACCUGUUACCUCUACCAUGGCUGCUAAGGCCAAGCCUUCAACCCUCAACAUGCGCUCGCUUUUCCGGCGCCGCGAUUAA